AUGCCAAGUUCUUCAAAUUAUUGCCUGACUCCAGAAGAAGUUCCUAUUACAUAUACAUUGGGUCCAGUUUCAGAUCUUGGACUACCAGCAGAUACUUGCUCAACACGGCUAUCUUGUCCAUCUGGAACAGCUGCGAGAGUGAAUGCUGUUGGUAUUGGUUAUAUAAAUGGAAACGGAGAUGGUUCACCAACAUUAGUUUAUUGUUCUGAAUCUGAUGGUAAUUGGUAUGCAGAUGUUGAUGGUCACGUGGAUCCAGUUAUGGAUAUUGCAUGCCAAUAUCCAUAA